ACCGCGUGUGUAUACUGUCUGCGCCCCAACUUUACACUACGAACUUUUAUCGAAUGUUUUUAAUAUUUCGAAGAUUUAUAUGUUAUUGUAAACUAUAUAAAUCAUUAUAAAAUAUUCUGUAAACUUUGUACUGUUGUGCAGUGCUGUGCAAUUAAAACUGGUGUUUAUAAUGUGCAUAUAAAUCGUUUAUGUGACAAGUUACCUAAGGUUAAAGUUUAGAGUACUCGCUCACCUACGGAUGUACUUGGAAAAAUAAAUUGUGUUUAAUUAUACGGUUAAGUGAUUAGUGUUUAAGAACGAUCGUUGAUUUGACAUAAGUUUAAUUUAUAUCCACUCUGUUAGGGGAAGAUAUGCGCCAAACAGGACAACUAGUGAUGUGACGUGCAUAAUGUGGCACUGCGUCAUCGUGACGCGACACGAAUGGACCACGUUAAACUAGUGUUGUUCGAGUUAAAAUCGAUUAAUCAUAAACUGAUAAAUCGAUCGCUUGUCUUGUAACGUCACACGCACGAAUGAACACCCUGAUGCUGACGACUAACGGAGCAGUAGAAGACCAGACCUGUGUUGAUAGCAAUAUGUCGUUUUCUCCGUACAAUAUGAUGGAUUCCGGGGGAGCGGGCAUAGCUGAAUCACCAACUACCUACCAUCGCACUUACGAACAAUACGUGCAAGGCGCAGUGGAAAACAGUACAGACUCGGUACAAGACCAGACCACCCCAGAACUUGUGGUGUGGUCGACAUUACCCUACGGCCUGGAUUACAGAGCACAGUAUGAUUAUAGAAAUCCUUAUGAGGCAUCACGGGAUUAUUCCACGCAACAGUACGCUAGAGCACCAUUUACAACAAAAAUGGGACAAGCCAAGGCGUUAAAGGAGGCGAGGAUCAGGAGGCCUAUGAAUGCUUUCAUGGUAUGGGCGAAGGUGGAGAGAAAGAAGCUGGCUGACGAGAAUCCGGACCUGCAUAAUGCCGAUUUAAGUAAAAUGCUAGGUAAAAAAUGGCGUUCGCUGACACCGCAAGAUAGGAGACCGUUUGUCGAAGAAGCUGAACGGCUUAGAGUCAUACACAUGACAGAGCAUCCUAACUACAAAUACAGGCCAAGACGGCGGAAACAGAAUAAGACUAGGCCCAACCAGCCAACUACACCUGCAAGUGGACCACCAUCAGCAUCAGCCGCUUUGGGGUCUCCAUACGCGACUGCCGCUGAUUCUCCAGAUACCCGCUUCUCUCAUAACCCUGGUGCAGGAUUUUCACCAUACCGAACCUCUCCUCUGGCUUCGGAUUCUUUCCAAAGCAGCCAAUUCAACGGUCACGUCCAAACUCCUGAAUCAUCCCCGGCAAGGUCUCCAGAACCUCAGGGUAGAAGAAGCGCCCCAGCAGAGGCGCCUCUCCCUACACCAGAUGCUUCGCCAGUGGAAAACGAGAAAGAAAACUUUCAAUAUGAAGAAAGGCGAAGAGCCAUAAAUGCUUCCUCAAUUUCUGACUCGUAUUCACCUUAUAAAACCUAUAGAACGCCGGGUUCCUUCUCGCCAGCUCCUGUUGCGGCCAUGGGAAUGGCCAAUGGAAUGUACGUGAUGUGUACGCAGAGGAAUGCUGCGGAACAGCCACCUCUGGUCACCGGCACCUUCUUUCCGCCCGUCGCGACAUCCCAAGAUCAACAGGCCUUAGGCACUAGCACUCCUAGGGUGUCUUCUGCUCCAAGUGGCUCCAUGCCUUCCGAAUACAACAUGCAAUAUCAUCCUCAUCCUUAUGAGCAAUACGAACAAAUGUAUAAAACUGAGGAGUCUUAUGUCUCUCAUUACCCUGAACAACCUAAAACUGAGUAUGAUACAGGUAGCUCAUACUUCUCAGAGGAACCACCGGCAAAUUCGGCUCCGGAGACAGACCCGAACUUCAUGAACCAACGACCGGAAAUGAGAACCGGCUCGCCAGAUUCCGACGUUGAUGCCCGUGAGUUUGAUAAAUAUUUGGACUAUGGAACCGAGGGUUCUAUGGAACAACACCAGCACCAGUAUCGAUAUGAACAUCAACAAGGGUAUAGGCCUCCAUACUGCGCCGAGCAACCUCCCGGGCCGGAAUACUGUUCUGAUAGGAUGUACCCAUCGCCUUACGCUUCUGUAAUCUCCGGUACGCCAGCGCCCGUAGCAUACGCCCCUGCGCCUGCCGGCGCUGAUGUCAGGCCUGAAGACGAGUUUAGUGUAAUUCUAGCCGGCGUCAGGCAAACUUGCUAUAGCAAUUGACUAGAUAGGAAUGAUAUGGGAUGACGUUAUUAAUCUAGGUGUUCAGAUCUUAACAAGAAUCAUUUUAUAUAUUUUAUUUUUAUAAAUAAAUACACUAAAUAAACUAUUGAGAGACUUCAUCAACGUAAUAGGACCCAAAACAAUUAUUGUUAAAUUAUAUUAUUUGUGUCGUUAAUGUCUUUGCCUUUGUGCACGCAAAUCUCAGAAAAAACUUUACUAAUAUAUUAUGGUAAUCUUUACCUAAUUUGUUGUGUUUAUUUUAUAAAUAAAUGAAGUAUUUUCUCGAUUAUUUUACCUGUUAAGAUCCGACUAACUAUAUUAGUAAUAACUAAACGUUACAAUGAUAUGGGAUGAAUUUUAAGGACAUUUCCUAUUAUAGCCCAAAGAUUACACUGUCUGGAUCUUUUAAAUAUGACACUAUUGUUAUUAUAAUACGUUAUAUGUUUAUAUUCUAAUCUCCAAAUAUGGUGCAUUAAUGAAUAUAUAAAUUAAGGCGAAAAAAAUGGACUGCUCUGAUAAUGUAAUUAUUCAUUAGAUUAGGGCUAUAUGGUUUCCUAUGUAAAUAUAUAAUAUGAUUUAUUCGAAUAAUCAGGAAUAUUAGUAUGUUUUAAAUAUGAUUAUUGAGAAGGCUGUUAAAUGAAAUGUAAUUUAAAUAUGUAAUUAUUAACAAAAUAUUGUAUUGGUGCUAUGUGAGAUGGUCCUGACUGCGAAAAAUUGUUUCUUAAUGUUACACAUUAUUAAUAUAGUAUAUCAUGUUUUAACAUGGAUAAUUUUAAGGUAAAUAAGGUAUUUACCUCUCGGCUUUCGACUAGAUCGUACUUGCCAGGGUCAUGAGCUGAAUGAGCUGACUGAGAGGGAAAUAACUUAUUUACCAUGUAUUCAUGCUAAAAAUAGAAGAACUAUUUACAGUGUACAUUAAAUGUGAAAGUUGAAAAUAACUUUUGAAUAUUACGUCCAAAUAUAUCCGUAUACCAUAGAGGUAGCGAUGUGUAAAAGAUUAUUUAUUUGUAACUAUUUUUGUAUAUUUCGUAUUUAAAAUUAACAAAUGAAAUGUCAGUUUAAUCGAAAUAUUAGAACUUCCAUUAAGCCUGUAGAUAUAGUCAUGUAAGAAUUAUUUUUAUAUGUUAUACAGUAUAAUUUUUAGCUGAUGUUAUUUGUAUAAAUUGUAUGAUCAUAGAAAUGUGUCUCAUAGAUUAUGUUUGUACUAAUAGUUUAAAUAUUUUAAUUUGCAUUGCAAUUUUAGUUAUUUAGUUAAAAACACUCGCACUGCGAAACUAAGUUCUUCCUAAUUAUAAGAAAAUUUAUA